AUGAAAGACUCCAGUUGUCCAGAUGAAAAUGCAUCAAGCUCCCUUUCAUUCUGCAAGUUUCAGGGGCAGUCAGCUGGCAACAACCUCAAAGAAGACGACUUUCUCUUAGUCAUUCAAACACCGUUACAAAAGGAGGUCCUGCAAGCAUUUGCUGAAAAAAGAGUUGUUUGUAUGGAUGCCACUCAUGGCACUAAUGCAUAUAAAUUUCCUCUAAUCACCCUUCUAGUAAUAGAUGACUUCGGAGAAGGAUUCCCUACUGCAUGGUGUAUUAGCAAUCGCGAGGAUGAAACUGGGAUAACAUGCUUUUUAAAUGCCAUUAGAGACAAUUUAGAGAAUCCCUGUUUAAACCACAACCGCUCUUGGAGAAGUCAGUUACGAAAGAUAGGAGACAGCAACAUUGAAUCACAGGUGCAUAAGCAGUUGAAAGUCCUAAUGGAAGAGCCAGACAAGUUGACCUUUGAAAGACUCCUGGAAGGUAGCCUUUGUGAACUCAGGAAACUACCAAAGACUAGAGAGUUUGCCAAGUAUUUUGAAAAGGCAUACGUUGCCAGCAAAGAGCAAUGGGCUUUAUGUUUCUGUACAGGUAGUGGAAUAAGCACAAAUAUGUUCGUGGAAGCAUUUCAUCGUGUGUUAAAAUAUGACUACUUGAAGGGCACAGUCAAUAGACGCUUGGAUACUCUUGUCUGCAUUUUACUGAGAGUUGCAAAGGACAAGGCAUUUGAUCACAGCAGAAUAUCACUAAAGAUGAAGCCGGUUGCUGGUUUGUCAAGUCAGAGAGAGGCAAGCUACAUACAAAGUGAAACAAACUGUAGAAUUAGUUACACCAUGUUGCAAUAUUAUGUGCAGUCAAUGCCAGAUAUGCAUACAUCAAGUACUCUUGUACAUGCAUAGAUUUCCGUUUUCAUACAACUAUCUGCAAACAUAUCCAUUUGGUAGCAACAUCUUUACAGUCUACAUGGUUUAACGAAAGCCAAGACAAUGCAACAGGUUGCAAUAAGAGUGAAGCCCAAUCACAAGACCAAAGCAAGACAGGAGCCAAUGACAACACUGAGAAUGUCUCUGAUUCAGAUGAUAUGCCAGAUGUUGGUUGGGAUGUUGUCGUAAGCAAGUUUGGUACCGGUAGGAAAGACAUAGUGAGCAUUCAACAGAAAUUUCAAAGUCACUUACACCGUUUGAGUCUUCAAAUAUCCGAAUGUCAUAAUGUAGAUGCUAUUCAACAUGUUUGGACAAAAUUACGUGAGGCAAGUGCAAUUCUGUCAAUGCAGGAAUGUGCUAUCAAAGCUGAAGAUCCCCAAGAGAAAAUACCAAGUAACAAGAAAGUAACAACACAACGUACAAAGCUAAAACCAUCUAUUCAUCCAACCUCAAAGUUAUGCAACUCCAGCAAGACUAAACACCCAAUUCAAUCUAGAGUUCGCAUGACCAAACCAACUCCUGAAGAAACAAAGGAUAUCAAACAAAGCACUCUGCUAUGCUCAUGGCUGACAAAACGAGUAAAGAUAUCUUUAGAAGAACGAGGCAUCCUUAUUAUGUUUUGCAACAAAUCUGCUCUUUCUGCACUUGAAAGAGACGGCCAGCUCAUCAGCAAAAGUGACAUAAAUUCUGAUAGCAAUGAACUACCUGACGAAAUCAUAGACACUGACUUGAAGAAAGGCAAACUGCAAAACUACUUUACACCAGAG